AUGUCAACCUCCCAAAUCUACCCAGUCUACAAAGUCAAAUUGAAGCUAUCAAUCCAAGACCCAGACAUGCCAUCGCCUCGAUACCACACUAUCCUCUUCGUUCAAACAAAUGCACAAGGUCCAGGUAGCGGCAUCAAGCACCAUGUCACCGGCGACAUUGUCACAGGCAUGCACUACGAGCCAGCAAAAUACGACGACCCCGAGAUAGACGAGAACUUCUUCUCAAAAGAACUCAUUGGGCAUACUAGAGCUCUCAAUUAUCCCAAGAACUGGAAUGAUAUUCUCAAGUCUAUCCGUGCCCCAUCCAAACAGAAGGCUUUCAACAAAGUGACGAUGAAGACGGAACCCGUCAAAAGUUGGGAUCCAAUGACGUUUUAUGAGCCUGGGGAGCCUCGUCGGGCGUUGAUUAAAUGUACCGAGUGGAUUGAGGACCAGGCUAUUCCGAUUUUGAUCAGUAUGGGCUUGAUUCAGUAG